AUGCCGUUCUACAGGCGCACGGUGGUGCCCCAGCGCCUGUGUCCGCGCAACCCGCCGCAGCAGCUCACCGAGCUCCGCGACGUGAGCCACCUGGCCGCGCUCAGCCUGCUCCGGCAGCUCGCCGAUCUCUGUGGCCACUCGCUGGCUCUGCUUGAGGACCUCGAGGGGCACCUGCUGGCCCUGGGGCGCCGCACCGACAGCCUGUUCCGCCGAACGGUGCGCCUCCGCCGCCGCCUUCCCUGCCGCCUGCUCGGCCUAGAGAACGACGAGGAAGAGCUAGCUGCAGCUAACUCGGGUCGGGAAAAUGCGACAGCGACUGCCCACUCGAGGUCGUCAUGGCGACAGCCAGUGAACGUGUUCCUCUCCUCGGGCAGGCCCCCGAGUGUAGAGGAACUGCUUCGAGAGGCGCAGCUCAAUCUCCAGAGCCUGUUGCAAGAAGAAUAUGAGGAACAGUACUCGGAGGCCAGACUCCUGGGGCAGACCUUCCGCUCUGCUGAUGAGGCCCCUGAGCCCACCCUUAGCCCAAGGCCCCAGGCUGGCAGGCGUCUGGAGUUUGUAUUGAUGCCUACAAAACGGCAGCUGAGCGAGGAUGAGACUACCACCCAGGGUGUGAGGGCCCCUGAGGCCUCCCUGAGCCUGUCUACCACAACCGACAAGCAAGCUGCCUGGAAUAGCCCCUUCCCUCUGCCCAUCCUAGAGGAGAAACGGUGGCCUCAACCUUGCUCCACGCACUCUGACAUUGUGCCCAUCAAUAUCUCUGGGCAGCAGUUUGAUAAACAUGCAAGUUUGCGACACUCGUUGUUUAACACAGAGACAGCCGUGAACCCCAAAUCCACCCUGAGGCGGAGGCGGACCAUUAUUGGAUUCUCUAACUUUUCCCAGCGAGACCAAGGUCACAGCAAUAGCCCAGCAGGCAGUGUGGCCUGCUCCACCACCUCAGACAUCAGGCUCAGUCAUUCGGUCCCAGAAGGUGUCCAUGGAAGAGUUGCAGUUGGUCAGGAAGUUCAUUUCCCAAAUCUCCCCUCACCGGUACUGAGGAGUCCUUUGAGUGAUCCAGAAGAAACUCUCCAGGUGCGUGGUGGCGCACACCCUCCUAGCAUGGAGAGCAUAGGAAUGGUGUAUAGCAUCCCCAGUUCUUGCAAUGGACCAACCGAAUCGACAUUCUCUGCUUCCUGGAAGGGAGAUACUUUUACCUACAUGACUCCAAGUGCCACCAGUCAGAGUACUCAAGUCAGUGAAAAUGGAAAAAAUCCUUCCUCUGGGAAUGUUUGGGUGUCUCUGCACACACUGCCACCUCUAGUUCCUAAGGAAGCUGCUACCCUCUUUGUUACUUGUGAUAACCCAGCAGGAUGCAGUGGGUCAGUUGGCUACUCUGAGCACCCUGCUCAACGAAGGCAGGCAGUGGAACGACCCUCCAAGAUUGGCCUUCUCACUAGUGUUACCUCAAGGAUGGAGACAGGCCCAGGUGGGGCCAGCAGGUUCCGGGAGCGGUCACUGUCUGUGCCCACAGACUCAGGCACCGCAGAGGUGGACUAUGAUGAGGAACAGAAGGCUGGUGAAGCCUGUGCCCUGCCUCAUGCCAGUACAAGUUCUGAGGGCAGUAACAGUGCUGACAACAUUGCCUCCCUUCGUGCCCAACAGGAGACCCAGCACAGAAGACAGAGAUCCAAGAGUAUCUCGCUCAGGAAGGCCAAAAAGAAGCCUUCCCCACCAAUGCGCAGUGUCUCACUGGUCAAAGAUGAGCCAGUCCUUUUGCCAGAAGGUGGGUCAGCCCUACCCAAGGACCAGAGGCCCAGGAGCCUUUGCCUCUCCUUGGAACACCAAGGACAUCACUCAUCCCAGCAGGAUGCUCAGGGUCACCCAGCUGUGCCGACCUUCAAAGAUCCGGAAGGCACACAAUUCUCCCACCACUGGUAUCUUACUGACUGGAAGUCUGGUGACACCUACCAAUCCUUGUCCAGCUCCAGCACUGCCACGGGCACCACAGUCAUUGAGUGCACCCAAGUUCAGGGCAGCUCAGAGUCUCUUGCCUCCCCCUCCACGUCCAGAGCCACGACACCUUCCCAGCUCUCCAUUGAGGUGGAGGCCAGGGAAGUAUCCUCCCCAGGAAGGCCUGCUGGGCUGAUGUCACCCUCCAGUGGAUACUCCAGCCAGUCAGAGACACCAACACCCACCGUCUCCAUGUCCUUGACGCUGGGCCACUUGCCCCCUCCAAGUGGCAGUGUCCGGGUGCGUCCAGUGGUACCUGAGAGGAAGUCAUCACUACCCCCGACAUCACCAAUGGAGAAAAUGUCCAAGUCACGGCUGUCGUUUGACCUACCACUGACCUCGUCAAGCAACCUGGAUCUGUCUGGGAUGAGUAUCUCCAUCCGAAGCAAAACCAAGGUGAGCCGGCAUCACUCAGAUACAAAUUUUGGGGCCAAGCUGGCCCAGAAAACGAGCCCCAACCAGCCAGUUAUGCCCAUGGUUACUCAGUCUGACCUACGUUCCAUUCGCCUGAGGUCAGUCAGCAAGUCUGAGCCAGAAGAUGACAUCGAGAGCCCUGACUAUACUGAGGAAGCAGGAGCAGAAGUCUUCACCUUGCCAGAGAGAAAGAUAAAACCUCCCAUAGCUGAGAAGCCCCCCGUGGCCCGAAGGCCUCCAAGUUUGGUCCACAAGCCACCAUCUGUCCCCGAGGAGUACCCGCUAACUUCGCUUACCUUGGCUAUGACCCCCAAGAGCUCCAUUCAACACACGAGGCCACUCCCUCCAGACGUCUACACAGUGGUGCGGAAACCAAAGUCCUCCAGCCCUGAGGGCAGAAGCCCAGGGGAGUCAACAGCAGCCUCAACUCUUGUUUUCACACCUUUUGCUAGUUCCUCUGGUGCUUUCUUCUCAGGAACACAGCAACCUCCCGAGGGAAGUAUGGAGGAUGGAGGCCCCAAAGUGAGAGCCCUGCCUGAAAGAAUUAGCCUCCAGAGCCAGGAAGAAGCAGAGAAAAAGAAAGGCAAGAUACCACCCCCUGUCCCAAAAAAGCCCAGUGUGCUGUACCUGCCGCUCACACCACCCACAGCUCAAAUGGAGGUGUAUGGAACCGAACCAAGGCUGUCUCUCAGCCCCAUCAUCACCCUUCAGGAAGAAGCCAGCUGUCCCCCCACCAGUGACCAACUGCAGUCACCUGGUACAAGGAUGACUUCAACACCGGAGGCUGAAGGUGAAAGGGAGGCAAGUCCUCUAGGGAGUUCUACAGAAGCAAGCACUGAAGAAAAAAGUGUAAUCAGUGAUAAAACAGCCGAAUGGAUUGCUGAAGAGGACGAUGACGUGUUUGUGGCUUCACGCACAACUGAAGAUUUGUUUACUGUGAUACACAGGUCCAAAAGAAAGCUGCUUGGCUGGAAAGAGCCUGGUGAGGCCUUUGCUGGCGGCAGCAGACCAAGCUCCCAUUCACCAAUAAAGAACACAGCUGAUUCUCCAAUCAGUGAGUCAGCUGCUUCUGCGGGGUCAAGUGGCAGUGCCAACCUAGAUGCUGGCAGAAACGAUGAUUUCAAGGCCUUGCUACAGAAGAAGGGAAGCAAGACAACUCCAAGGUCCCGCCCCUCAGCAGCCGAACUGCUGAAGACCACUAACCCACUGGCUCGGAGAAUUAUUGCACAAUUUUCAAAAGACUGUGAAACUACCGAUGACCCCAGUACCUAA